GAAGUUUGAGCAUCUGGGAGCAGUUUCUUUCCAUGGGAGUGACCGCCGCGGUGGUCAUUACAGUGGGCAGUCUUCUCGUCCUCAUUCUAUGCAUUGUGGCGAUCACGUGCUGCUGCUGCAGGAAAAUGCGCAAGAAAAGGGAGGAAGAUGAAGCCACGGUGACGUCAGCAACGGCUGUGACCAGAGGAGGGGGUCCACAGUUCCCAAGUAAUCAACAACCCCAAAUUAUGAUCACAUAUGGUCCCAAGCCCGGGUUUGGUCCGGUUGUGCCAGCUCAUCCCCACUUUGCUCAAGCUGGUGGAUACCAGCCCAUGCAAGCCACUCAGUGCGCCGCGCCAGGCAUGUAUCUCAACCAAACAGCCAUGAUGUACGCAGCGGCGGGGGCAACCAACUCGCCGUACCACAGGGACGGAGGUGCCUUUUCCAGUUCUCAAGAUAGCUCCACUGGCUACUCAUCGCAACCACCAGCGCGCACCCAACGUUCAUAUACCCCCACCAGUAGUAGGUCAAAUCAAUCGAAUAGCCACAGCAGCGUAACGUAUAGUAGUAAUACAGAUAAAGUGACCAUGCCUGUACACUUAUAGCACACUGAGCUCAUUGAUGUCUUUUAAAUUCUUUGUUGUUUUUAAUUUUUUCAAUGCUCUGAAGAUGCCAUUGUAUUGUAGUUUUACACACACAAAUAUAUUCUCAGCUCAUGAAUUGAUUGUUUUUUGCACUGAAGUAACCUAGUGGUAUUUGAAUAUUUAUCAAUGUAUGGAGAGAAAAGUUGAAUCCUAAAAUUACUGACAGUUUAUAGUCAUAAUUUUAUGGAAAGUAAAAUGUAUCCUUAAAAAAUAUUUGUGCAAUAGCAAUGAUUUUAUGGCAAAAUACAGCAUAUUGACUUUGAAUUAUUUAUUGUAGUUACUGGCACAGUUUGAAGUAUGGUUCAGUUUUUUAUUACCUCAUGCCAGUAUGGAAGAUUUAAUCUACUGUUCUAGUUUCACAGGUGAUAGACAAACCUGCAGACUAUUGAGUAAGUGAAAAGCUUUUUAAGAGUUUUGAUUUUAAGUAUAUGUUUUUAUCAUAUAGACAAGUAUAGCUUUGAAAGGUUUGGGUGUUGAAUGUUUGGCCAAACAGUUUGAAAAAGAAAAAGUUAUUUAGUAAUCCAGAUCCGUUUGCACUUUUUCAGCAAUUUGAGUGAAUCGGCAUUUUUAAAAAAAAUUAUUUGUCAAUCAAACUCAUUUAUUUAUUUGUUAUUUUACUUUUAUUUUUAUAGUGUCAGUAUUGUAAGUAGUCUGAUAAGCAGGCUGCGACUUACCCAAAUUGUGACUGAAAAUCAUAGUCUAAGGGUUAACUCAGAAGUUACUGUUGGUGAAAGUAUCUGAACAUUUUGUUGAAAAUUAAUAAUUACUGUCCCAUUUACUUUGAAGUCAUGUUGUGUACCUUUUGUUAUACAUACAGACUGGGUAUACUUCUCAGAUUUCUUGAAUUUUUCAUCUGUUGGUAGUGUGGUUUCAUUAUUUAUGAAGUGACAGAGUUGAGACACAGUAAGCCUUAAAUAUACUUGAAUCUAUACAUAUAUAUGUGUGUGUGUAUCAGUUACUUCAUCAUGCAAUAGAAUUUAAUGCAGUUGCACAGCUUGUUAUUUGGGUCUUUUAUUUUGGUCACUGACAGUAAAUUUAUAAUCCUUAUACUUUAGUCAAUUUAAUGAUAUACUUAUGUACAGUACUUGUAAAUCAACAUUAGAUGGCAGACAGAAUAUGUUGUUUGCACAUCCUUACAUUUUAUAAAGCUGAAGCUUGUUUUGCGUAUGAUUUUAGCCAAUUUUUUAUAUUAAGCUAUUUUACAAGUUAUUUGAUGUCACCAAAAUUAGAAAUCAUAAAAGAAGUGUUUAUUCCAGUUACAAACUAUAAGGUUAUGUGCACCAGGGUGAAUAUGUAUUCACAUUCACUUUUGGUUAGCUUAAAAUUGACCAGGUGACUUUCAUCCAAAUAUAAUUGUCUUAUUGUUGUUUUUUACUAUUUUGUUGUAAAGAUUGAUAUGAAAGCUGUAUAUUUUUGUACAUACCUGAUGUAAGAUCUCCUGUCAAAAUAGAAGAGAUCUUUUAAGAACAAUGCCUGUGCAAUAUUGACAUGUGCUUUUAAUUAGUACUAUGAUAGUAUCAGUCUAGACACCACCCUCAACACCACUGCAUUAAAUCCCUGUCACAAUGCAACCCCAACACCACCUAAUCACAUACAACACAGCCCCAACACCACCCUAUCACAUACAACACAGCCCCAAUACCACCCUAUCACAUACAAUACAGCCCCAACACCACCUAAUCACAUACAACACAGUCCCAACACCACCUUAUCACAUACAA